AUGCUGUUGAGCAAGUACCUCUCUCUCCUCGUCGCCGGUCUGGCAGCUGGCAGUAGCAGCACAGCCAAGCCUCUUCCUGGUAUGGACGUUGGCCGCCCUCAAGUGGAUGCUGGCAUGCGCUCGCUGUUCGCAUACUACAACGGGACGGAUGGACGGUUUGAUACGUCUGCGUCGUGGUGGUUGAGCGGCAAUGCGCUGACUACGGUGCUGGAGUACAUGGACAAGACGCAUUCGCGCCGAUACAUGCCUCAGGUGCUCAACACGAUCGAGCAGCAGAAGAAGCCGUUGCCGUGGUGGCCUUCUGGCGGCGGGAUCUUUCGUGCGGAUUCGACGGACGACACGGGAUGGUGGGCGCUGGCGAUGCUCAAGAUGUACGACCUGACGCACGAUGGCAAGUACCUCGAGUAUGCGGUGUUGGAUGCCGAAUAUCUGCAGAGCUUCCAGAGCGGUGCGUGUGGUGGGGGCAUCAUCUGGGACAUUCCAUCGCGCACGUACAAGAAUGCGAUCAGCAACGAGCUGUUCCUCUCGCUCGCUGCGGGUCUUGCCAACCGUCUGCCGGAUGCCAAACAGAGGGGUAAAUGGCAGGGUGUGGCCAAGGCGCAAUACUCGUGGUUCGUGCAGUCGGGCAUGAUCAACAGUGUCAACCUGAUCAACGACGGACUGACGGACGCGUGCAAGAACAACGCCGGCGUGGUAUGGACGUACAACCAAGGCGUGAUCCUCGGUGGACUGGUGGAGCUCUUCACGGCCGACGGACACAAGCGCGAGUACCUGGACCUUGCGACCAAGAUCGCACGUGCCGUGACGUUGAGCAGCGCAUUCAACAGCGAUGGAGUGUUGGUCGAGUCGUGCGAGGGCGCCCAAAAGUGCAACACAGACCAGGAUGCGUUCAAGGGCAUCCUUGCGCGCAACCUCGACAAGCUCAACCGCCUCACUCCGGGCAUGCCCUACACGGCGUACCUCAAGCGCCAGGCUGCGAGCGCGUACGCCAAGGCGAGAAACGCCACCGACUUUUACGGCGUCCAGUGGACGGGUCCCGUGGGGCAGGCCAAUGUGGGCACGCAGGGCUCCGCCAUGUCCCUGCUCGUUGCGGCGCUUUGA